CAGCUUUUCAAAACACCAUCUUCAAUACUAAUAAUGAAUCUCCACAACGCCGCCUCCAGAGCAUGGAAGCGGUCCCACCAGUACUGCGCGGAACCCCCGCAAGGCGAAAACAUCACCUGGAUGCGAACUGCUAUCUUUGAGGGGUCGCCGCCUUUGCCCUGGAGAACUUCACCCCAUCCCCCACUCGCCGGAUCUCUACCUGCCAUUCUUUUCCUUCAGAUCUUGUCCUUCGUUUUAGGCUUUGUAUGUCAUUUCUUGUAUUCAUGCAAUUUGAUUCGCUUGUGUAAUUUCGUGUCCUCGGACGAUCUGUUUUCAACACAGGAUGACUUCGACCGCCGAAAGGAGUCUCGACGGCGUUCCACUACUGACCGCAACUUCCGAUGGAAGCAUGCACACUAUCAUGGAGAGGAUAAAGCAAGCAAAACAAAGUGGAAUCCGUCGCUGGCUGACCGGAAUACCAUUUCGGCCUUCACUGGGCGUGCUACGACCAUCGUUCCUCGACAGAAGUACGGACGCGAAACCACUUCACACUACAGCGUGGCUGGACGGCAUCCGCGGCGUCGCAUCAUUCUUCGUCUUCAUCUAUCAUUUCCAGCACCUUUUCCACACCUCCUUCUACACCGGCUACGGCGGCAACAAUGGCAAGAAUGACUACUGGCUCAUCCAGCUCCCGAUUAUCCGACUGAUAUUUACGGGGGGACCUAUGGUGUCGGUCUUCUGGGUACUCUCCGAGAUUUCGCUUUCCCUCAAGCCGCUCAAGCUUGCGCGCAGCCAGGCAUGGGACAAGUUCGCCGAUACGAUGUUCUCCUCCGUGUUCAGACGGGGCCUUAGACUUUAUCUUCCCGUUCUGGCAGUACAGGUGUGCGUGUUGCUGGCCACAUUGGUUGGCUUGUUCGAUCGUGCUGCCGAGCUGCGCAAGAACUGGCCGUUCUAUGGCACCAAUGAAGAGAUGCACGAGCGCAAGGAAUCUGCCUGGGCGCAGAUCUCAGACUGGAGUCGUGAGAUGUGGGCGUUUUCAAACUCCUUUAGACCGAUUCGGCCAAGCUACGAUGUACAUCUGUGGACCAUCCAGCUCGAGUUCCGGAAUUCCAUCAUCCUCUUUGCUACCUUGGUCGGAUUCGCAAAACUCCGGCCACUCGUUCGCAUUCGGUUGACGUUGGUAUUAUACCUUUACUGCGUCUUAGUCGAAGAAGGAGACGUCGCAUUAUUCAUCGCUGGAAUAGGAUGCGCAGAGUUCCUGUUAAUUCGGGAGGAGCGGUCAAAGCAUCUUCCUUCUACAGAGAAGCAGGAGUCACAGCAGCAGAGUUCGCGAACAAAAGUACUCUGGGCAGCCGUGUACAUCCUCGGACUUCAUCUUCUAUCGAUCCCGGCUGGAAGAUACGAAUACACCCCCGGUUAUCGGAGUCUUGUCCGUUUCGCCGCGCACUUCGUCAAGAACACUGAAGUCUCCAUUCAACGCAUCGGAGCAGCCGUCUUCCUCUUCGCCCUCUGUGGAUCCGACUAUCUCCGCCGAGUCUUUGAAACCCGCCUUGCCAUCUACGCCGGCAAGAUCAGCUUCCCUUUGUAUAUUGUGCACGGCCCGCUCACACAUAUCCUUGGUAUCCGACUCGUGCCCUUCUUCUGGAGUAUCGUGGGAGAUGCGACAUUGUUCCAGUACGAAGUCGGCGUCAUUUUGGCUUUCCUUGUUCUUGCUGUGCUUGUGGUGUGGGUUGCGGAUAUUGUGAUGCGGACGAUUGAUACCCCUAGUGUGCGGUUCGGGAGGACAUUACGGAGCUGGUGUGUUGGCAAGUCGUAAAGUUCUCGCCCCGUUCUCUUCGUUUGUUUCAAUCAGGAUCAGCAACAGUGUACAUUUCGACGUUACGAGGUGUUCGUCAUUGGUCUAGUCGCUAGAGAGA